UUUUUUUAGAUUAUAUAUAUACUUAUCACUGUACCGUAUCUUUAACGUGCAUAAUAGUUAGUAAAUUAAAUUUAUAGUAAUGAGGAAAAUUUAUUUGUUUAUUAAAAUCUCGUGUAGCUUGUAGUUUUCAAGUUUCAACCAAAAAGGCUGUUGCCUAUUCUGGUUUUACAUUAUCAUCAGUCUCCAUUCCUCGUCUCCUUACCUCUAUUCUCUAACAAAGCGACACGAAUUCAAUUACUACUCUCUUUCUCUUAAUCGCUCUGUUUCCAAUUCACACCAUCUUAAUUGUUCUGGAAAUUGCAUCCGAGUGUAGUUCAAUCACUAAACCCUAAUCUGUACGGAAAUUUUGUCAAUACUAUGCCUAAAGUGAGGACAAAUCGGGUCAAAUAUCCAGAUGGAUGGGAAUUGAUUGAGCCUACCCUUCGCGAGUUAGAUGCCAAAAUGAGGGAAGCUGAAAAUGAUCCACAUGAUGGUAAGAGAAAAUGUGAAGCUUUAUGGCCUAUUUUCAAAAUUGCCCAUCAAAGGAGCCGAUACAUUUUCGACCUUUAUUAUAAAAGGAAUGAAAUUUCUAAAGAGCUUUAUGAGUUCUGCUUGGAGCAAGGGUAUGGUGAUCAGAACCUCAUUGCAAAAUGGAAAAAGCCAGGAUAUGAGCGACUCUGCUGCCUACGCUGCAUACAGUCAAGGGAUCACAACUAUGGCACAACUUGUGUAUGCAGGGUUCCCAAGAAUCUAAGAGAGGAGAAGGUUGUUGAGUGCGUUCAUUGUGGCUGUGGGGGCUGUGCAAGUGGGGAUUGAUAGUUUAGAAUCCUCUGUUUACAUUACAAGUUUGCUCUUAUCUUAAACAUAUGUUGCAGUUGAUUUUAGGAUAUGACUAUCAUGAAUCGUGCUUUGUGUAUCACGGCCUAACUAUUUGACUGAAACUGAGAAUGGAUGAAGUCUGGUAGAGUUGACUAAAGUUUUUUUU